GCUGAGUGAAACCAUUCCUACACUGAUGAGGAAACUAGAUGAAUUACAGAAUCACUCCAUCCAAAUGCCAAACAUUUCAGAGAACAUCAACCGUAUUCGACAGCUCAUCCAGCAGGCGCGCAAUGCUGCCAGCAAGGUGAGGGUGUCGAUGAAAUUCAAUGGGGCCUCAGGUGUUCAGGUCCGUACUCCCUCAAACCUGGCUGACCUUGCUGCCUACAACUCCUUGAGGUUCUAUAUCACCCUGACGGAUGCAGCACGGCAAAGACGGCAAGAUGACAUCACCAAGCAGUUUGUCUUUUACCUCGGCAACAAAGACUCCAAUAAAGAGUUCCUGGGCAUGGCACGAGAGGGGAAUAAACUGUCCUGGUAUUAUAAUGUUGGAGGAAAAACUGCUCAGGCGAUGAUUGAUAAAGAUGUCCUGGCUGAUGGAAACUUCAACGAGGUCUUCCUGCAAAGGAUCCUCCAGUACGGACAGAUGUCCGUGUCUUCAGUGGUCAAUGAUGUGACUGAAAUCAUCAAGGCUGAUGUGGAGGCCCAAGGUGGUCAGGGCCUGCUCAUUCUCCAAAGCAGUGAUACGGUCUUCUAUGUAGGAGGAUACCCAAAUACUUUUGCAGUAAGUAAAGGUGUUCAAAAGGCCUCAUAGUUCUGAGGAGUCUCACUGCAGUAUUGUUUGAGGUUUUAAGCAAAGGAAAAAAGAAAAACCACGCCC